AUGUGUCACACCAAACCGUGCCUGCAUGCCGCAAUUCUCUCAUGGCACCUGUGCAGUCUGCUGCAUCGAGAGAUGCUGGCUGCGGUCCAACUAGGGUCCCUCUUCGGCGUCCAAUCCGGCGCCUCUCUGUGCAAUGGAAUGCGGAAGGAGCUUAGGGCGCAUGGCGUCGGCAAAUUUAGCUUCGCGCCUGCACUUGCUCAGGCUGCUCCUUCCCCAACGACCUGCCAGGCCUCGUCACGAAGUUUUUGUUUUUCGCCAGCUCGACAUGAACUCCGGAGAAUAGACGCAAGCCAAUCGCAUGCGCUGUCCUGCCCGACAUCAUGA